AUGGCCACGGACACGGACGGCAUCCGGGCAGCCUCGAGCCAACUUGAGCUGUGCCUGUACACGAAGCGCGAGGUCGGGCAAGGCGGCGAGCCAGGGCAAAACUUGCACGGUCGACGGACGGGGGAAUACUUUGGUGCUCGUGCUGCAAAUGCUCGCGCUCGCAGGAAGCCAAAUCCUCGUCCCUCGUCGCGCGAGCUCGAUGCAGGCAUCCAUGUCAUGAUGGGCACGAGAACGACGGCCACGCUGAGCACCGCUUGGUGUUGGCCGCCGCGUCCUUGA